AUGCAUUCAUUCGCGUUGUCUUGCGCAGAGGACGUCCUUCGACGGGGAUUGCGAAAGCAGGACCUGCCUGAAGAGGCGGAUGCUGUGGUGAUUGGGGCAGGUUAUGACUUCGAGACCGGCUUCCACUACGCAGGAGAGAUGCGAAAGGGCCAGGAGCUCCGCGCCAUUGUGGACUCCCUGACGAACGAUGAGACAGGUCCCGAGCGAAUCUACGACAAGGUCGUCUUCAGCGACGGAGACAAGUUUGGUGUCCCGUCAGGGAUCAAGAACUGGCUGAAUGCCCUUCAGGAGAAGUUUCCGGAAGAGAGGGAUGCUAUCGACGUCUAUGCCAGGGACCUCAAGGCGACACAGACAAGCUUUUUUCCUAUGAUGAUAUGGCGCAGCAUUCCUUCCGAAUGGCUAAGCUACUUGGAUGCGUACGAGUCACGGUCUAGAGAAGGUCCUUUUCCCCCCUUUCUGCUCUGCUCAGAACGCAAGCUUUACAACUUGCUGGCCGCCCCGAACCUUCACCUCUGCAUGCUCGCUGGCAAGAAGAUGCAGGAGCUCACGCAGUACCGAAGCUGCAGUAAGGGGCCCAUGAUCAUGGGCAGCAGGGGAACGCACAGAAUGAGCGUCUCAAAGCGGCAAGGACCUGAGUCCAGCGUUAUGCUUACAGUCAGGAGCAUGCUCGGGUUACACCUCCACUUCGGCGAGGGCGCCUACUUCCCGGUAGGAGGCCCAUCGAAGAUGGCUUCUGCUAUGGUGAAACAGAUUGAGCGGCAGGCAAAAGAUGGUCUCACUAUCCGGGCGCCCGUGGUAGUGUCAACCAUUGGCUUGCAUGGUACCGAGAAGUUCUUGCAAGACCAGCCAUGCCAUGAGGAGGAGUUGAACUUGCCCCGUCACAACACCUGGAUGCUGCCCGGAGAGGACCUGCCGAAGUGCAUGGAAGAAUUCCAGCGAGAUCGAGAUGCAGAUGCUCCGUUUGGCUAUGUGGGAAUGGCCUUUCCAAGCAGCAAGGAUCCCUCCUACAAGGAGUUCUAUCCGGACCAGUCGACCUGUGCUAUAGUGGCAGGUGACAUCCCAUGGGAGUGGUUCGAGAAAUGGAAUGGCACGCGUGUGCAUCAUCGCGGCCAGGACUACGAAGACCUGAAGAAGAGAUACGAACUUCGCUUGAUGGACAUGCUCUACACUCAGUUCCCCCAAGUAAGGGGCCGCGUCCAGUACGUAAGCUUGGGGACGCCGCUGGACACCAACUUCUUUCUGGGCAAGUCCUAUGGGCUGCAGCAGACUUUGGCGAAGACAUGGGCGGACACCAACUGGCUUUUUGCUAAGCCCAUAAUCCAGCGGUGGCCAGAUGGUCUCUUCCUGGCAGGGCAAGAUGUUACCAGCGACGGAUUCGCGCCCUCGGUUGUUUCUGCGAUAUUGGCAGCCUGUGCUAUUGCCGCAUGCCACAAGUUGGAGGUUGCAGAUAGUUGCGGCGCCGUCAAUGUCAUCAUCGCCUUCAUCAUCGUCAUCACCAUCAUCAUCAUCGUUGUCAUGCUUGAUUCCGACGAUUUCAACCUGAUCAUCACGGCGGUAUCUUCCACUUUGUCAGCUUCGUCGUUGGCGCUGCCAAUACGUGGCGUGAUCACCAUCCUCUUCAUCUGUGUCUUCAGCACCAUCGACUGCAGCAUCACCACUGGUAGCACCACGAUCACCGCCGUCGCCAUUGUCAUCCGCAGCAGCGACGGUACUCCCUUCAUAAGCAUGCACGAGAGCGGCGAGAGGCUCGGGCUCUGGGGCACCCUGAAAGCGCUGCUAUCGUAG